AAUUGUGACGUAAUAAUGAACCGUGACGUCACGGGAAAAAGGCUACGUCACAGUGGGGGUACUUUAUCUAGGGAUCUCGUAGAUUUCACCAUAUCGAAAUCUCACUUCGAGCAGGAACAAAUGAUGAUGACGUCAUGCUAUUACGUCACGGUGGUAUUCAUUGCUAUGACGUCAGGUAUAUGUGCUGGCUUUCUGCAGAUACAUCCAGCAGAAGAAGCAUUGCCGUCUAAUAACCCGCGAGGUUGUGUAUUUGGUCGUCAGUUCCACGUCAUCGGAUCAUCAUGGCACCCAAACCUUGGUCGUCCAUUUGGAAUCAUGUAUUGUGUCACGUGUCAGUGCGUCAAAGAGACCACUGGGCGUUUCAAACCAGACGGACAACCAAAGGAAGUUACUCGGGUCACGUGUCAUGACGUAAGAAAGGACUGCCCCCACGUCACGUGCAAAGGGGCCAAGGUACCCAGGGGAGGAUGCUGUAAAGUUUGCCCAGACGAUACAGAUACAAUUGUGACGUCAGCCGAAGAAUUUUCAUCGAAAAAUGGUGAUGUUCCGCUGCCAUUGGAUAUCACUGAAGAAAAAUCAAUUAACCACGACGACUCAAAGGCUGGUGUUGAUGAGAAGACAAAAAGUUAUGUUGCACUGUUAACCAGCAAUGAUGGUGGGCCAUUGUUACGAGCUACGUUUAACCUGCACAGGGAUAAUCUGCAUUUUACGAUCCAGUAUUUGAGGUCAACCAAACCCACCAUUAUAGAAAUGCUGACUAAUGAUGAUGUCACAAUAUACACUCAUGUAACUGAAAUGUCACCAAAGCCAGGACAACCUAUUGUUUGCGGGGUAUGGCGUAAUCUACCAAAACACGUUGUUAGCUCCUUAGAUAAAAGGUUGUUGACUCUCAGAGCUGUUUUUGUCCAAACUGGUGCCAAUAUGACAUCACAAGGUCAAAUAAUACGACACAGAGCAUUGAGUCGAGAAACUUUUAGUUCGAUUUUAUCCACGACACCUCUAGAUGGAGCUAGUGGAGCAAUUGCGAUGAUCACCCUUGGCCGACAUCGAUUCAAUAAACUUCAUUUUGCCAUUUUACUCAGACGAUCUUCUGUGACAUCACAACCCACCACAAUCACUGUGCGAUUACUCAACAAUCAAAACAGAACGUUGCGAUCAACCGAGAAAACUCUUCAACCCUCAAGUAAUGAGCUAGCUGAUGUGUGGUCGACAAAUUCUGAAAUCCUUCGAAGAUUGGGUGAUGGUUCACUUCAUAUACAGAUGGUUGCUAGGACAACAGGGUCACGUGAUAAACAAAGCUACAUCGGCAGCGUGAGAGCAAAAACAACUUGUGACCUGUUGCAAGCUGUUUUAUCUGGAAGUGACUGUAGCCUACCAGCCAGUACAGGAGCAGCUGGAUCCGCGAUUCUGAAUAUUAAUUCUGACAACACUGUUUCUUACAAGGUGGCGCUAGUGGGUAUUUCAAGUCGGGUGACCUCAAUAUCACUGCUUGGAGACUACAGAAAGAAGCGAACACGCGUAGUAGCCGAUCUCACCCCACAAUUUGUGAAUGGGAAAGCCCAAGGAAGACUGGAAAACCUUAAUGGGAAAGAGAUACAUCUUUUACUAAGCAACCGUGUGCGUGUUGCCGUGGAAACUGAACAAAGCAAUAGUGGAGAGCUGGGUGGUCAUGUGACUUCUCUCCUUUAUGGAGGCCACCAAGCUAGAUAUAAAGGCCUUCCAAUUCCUCUUGCUGGUUCUCUAGUACGACCCCCUGUAUUCACUGGGGCUGCAGGUCACGUUUGGCUUGAACUGAAUGAAGAAUGUCAUCUUUAUUAUGAAAUUGUUGUUUCUGGACUAAGCAAAGAGCGUGACACAACAUUAGCCGCACAUUUACACGGUCUCGCUGAAAUAGCUGAAACAGAAACUGGACAUAAACAACUUUUGAAAGGUUUCUAUGGAAAAGAGGCGCGUGGAAUAUUAAGAGAGUUAUCUUCAGAAAUAUAUGAACAUCUCAACCAGGGCAAUGCUUUUGUACAGAUUGCAACAAAGUCAAACCCAGGUGGAGAAAUACGUGGUCGUGUUCAUAUACCAAACACUUGCUCCAGGACAAUAGUUAACAAGGCUAACCAUAAACAAGAUACUUCAGACACAGACCAGAAUUCAUUAAGUGUUCCAAGCUCUGAUGUCACCACGUCACGGGUGACUGAUCUCGAUGCAGUGGUGCAUGACGGGGUAAUCCCAACAUACACCGAGCGUCGUUUGGAGCUUGACCCAUCCGCUUGUUACGUCAUAGACGAAUGGAAACCCCAUGGUAGUGAAUGGGCACCAGAUUACGACCCAAAAUGCACAAUAUGCGUUUGUGAGUCCGGUAGUUCACUUUGCGAUCCUGUUUACUGCCCGCCACUAGAGUGCGGCAGACCAGUGGCCACCGAAGGGAGCUGUUGUCCAGUGUGUAACGAUGGGUUUGGGGAAAUACCAACCAAGCAUGAUGAUGGGGCUUCUAUAGGAUCUCUGUUUGGGUCUCCAUUUACACAACUCGAUCAAAAAGAAGACGAGAAAGAAAAAGAGAAAGAAGGUUGCUACUACGGGGGCGAUGGACAAAUACACGCGAUAGGUUCAUGGUGGCAUCCAUAUUUUAAACGAUUCGGCCACGUAUCGUGCGUGAACUGCACGUGUAGGCCAGACGGUGAAAUUGUGUGUGGAAAAAUUACGUGCCCGCCAGUAACGUGCUCAAAUCCUAUCAAACAAAAUCCGAGAGAUUGCUGUAAAACUUGCCCAGAGGUCACACGUCACGAACUACGUCACGAAUCACGUGACCAUCGCAUGCAGGACGACAGCGUGUCCAGGAUGUGUCAGUUUGGUCGUGAGCUACGAGCACCCGGGGAAAAAUGGACGCUUGGAUAUCUGGGCAGAAGAAACCUUGAAUGUAUAGAAUGCGAAUGUGCUACCCAUGGUGUGAAACACAAGUGCCGCAAAAACUGUCCAGCUGUCAGUCAUGAAUGCAGUCGAGUGGAACGAAACGUUUCCGGUUGCUGCCCAUGGCGUUGCGCGGACCGUCAGAGGUCGACCGAGAGAUUUCCGUUUUCGUAAGAUGGUUUUCCACGCUUGCCUUUUUGUUUAUAUCACUGUUUGAUAUUGUGCCUGUGCUGUGGUUGCAUUACAUUCCAAUUACGUUUAAUAAACGAAGUAUUUUUUGACACAUUUCAUACAAAA